UCGAGUUUCGUUAGCUUCUAUCGCGCAAGUAUAUUCGUGCCAUUUCGCUUGUCGUUUCGAGCCAAUAUACGGCGGCAUUGAUGCCGCGAAGAACGUGUUCGAUGGUGAUAUCAACGCCCGCAUGAGAAAGUUGCGACCAUCGAUUCGCUAUUACUUUACUUAAACGGACUUCUGGUCUCUUCGCCUUUGUAUCUCGAGCAUUUUCACAUAAUGCAUAUAAUAUAUAGAUCGCGUGACGCGUUAAAAUCCAUUGGAAGAUCUAUCAAGUGCGUUUUAUAGUAUUUUUCUUCGAAAGAAAUUGUCAAACUUUCGCGUUGCAGCAGCAAACCUUUUGCAACGCUUGCUUCUGUCAAAUUUUGUAUUAUCACGUGUGAAGAAAAUGAAAAAAGUGGCGUGUCCGUAUGUGGAGUACCUGAAAUAAGCGUCGUUUUGUGAAAUAUUCGUUUGGAAAUCGGUGUCUGUGUCGACAAAGAGUGAAGGAGAGGAAGAAAAGAAAGAAGAAGAGGAAAGAAGAGGCAAAGCAAUCGGUACAAUCGUCGAGAGCAAAAUAAAUAUUUCUCUCUGUGUGGCUAGAGUGGUUCUAUCGACGAGUGAUCGUGAUGUGUUUUCCAAUCUAUAUAAUUGACGCAGUUUGUUGGUAAUAUGGUGUGAAACAGGUGAUCGCGUUUGGAUUACGAGUAUCUGGAAACUCACUUUCGACCAAUCAUGUAUGGCUGAUGCGUGGCUGGAAUGGCAGAAAAGUUACGCGAGGCGGCCGCACGUGGCGACGUAGCGCGAGUUGCGCGACUCCUCGACGAAGAUAUUAAACCACUGCCGGACGAAAAUGGCAGAAGUCCUCUUUUACUGGCUGCGGCAGGCGGCCACGUGGAUGUCUGCGAAACGUUGCUUCUUCGCGAAAUCGACGUCAACGCUGCGGACAAUACUGGCGUCACGGCAUUGCAGAGGACUGCUACCGAGGGCCAUUUGGAGGUAGUGGAAUUAUUGCUGAAACACGGCGGUGACGUUGCUCGACAGGAUAACGUGCAUGGAAAUUCAGCGUUGCACGAGGCGUCGUGGCGCGGAUACAGCAGGACGGUUGCCGCCCUGGCGAAGGCCCUUGGCACCCAACGAGCACCUCUACACGCGAGAAAUCUGGCUGGAUUCGCGCCGCUCCACCUCGCCUGCCAAAAUGGCCACAACCAAAGCUGCCGCGAACUCCUGCUGGCCGGAUGCAAUCCCGACCUUCAAAACAACUACGGAGACACGCCGUUGCAUACGUCUGCCAGGUACGGACACGCCGGAGUGACGAGGAUUUUGAUCUCUGCGCUUUGUCGAGUAUCGGAUCAGAAUAAAAACGGCGACACGGCGCUGCACAUCGCGGCGGCCAUGGGACGUCGGAAGCUGACGAGGAUCCUGCUGGAGGCUGGCUGCGACCGUAGCCUGCGGAACAAGCAGGGGGAGACCGCGAAGGACAUCGCCAGGCGCAAGAACCUGCAAGAGAUAUUGGAGAUAAUCGGUAAAGCGCGAAGCAAGAGCAGAACGCGGAGCAAGAGUCGCGAGGAGGAGAGUACGCCGGCGACUCUGGACAAGGUCGACGGGAAGAGCAGCAGCAAGAACGAGAAGAAGCGAGAGAAGACCGGUAGUGGGACCAGCGGCAGCAGGGAUAGUUGCACGAAGAAGGAGAAAAAGAAGCACAAAUCGUCCGCCAAGCAGAACAAGGUGCACUUCGAGAAGGCCGUGAUGGGCAGACAGUGGUCACCGUACGGUUGCCACUACUAUCCCGAUCCGGAAGCGUUUCCUCAGCCGCGUUUGGAUUCCCUGCCACCGGAUCCAUUAGGCCGUGGCGAACAGUACUAUUUGGACCUGGCUGGAAACAUCAGGAAGGGUCCGGUGGGAGUGGGAUACACGUGCUACUGUGCCCCGUUCUUCAGGCACAUGGAGGCCAAGUUGGAGAGGGACAAGGCUGAGUUGAAGGCUCAUAUAGAUCAGGCGCACGAGAGAUUGGACUUGAAGGUGGCGAAUUUGGAGAGGAGGACCAGAGGGCAAAUCUCGGAAUUGACGAGAUGCGUGGCGGCGGAAAGGUCUAGGUGCGACGAGAGGCACAUGCAUCUUCAGCAACGUCUUUCCAGAGGUGGGAAAGGAAGACACAGCGAAAGACCGGCUAAAGCCACGUUCAACAACGAUCAACAGUUCCCACCUGCUCGUGCCAGGUCUCUGGAGGAUCUGCUGGACGACAGACCUCACGAUAGAAGCUUCGAGAUCCCCGGAGAGACACCGAUUCAUCGAGGUAGCCUCGACGAUCUUGAUAUUCCUGCUAUACCGCGACUCAGCAAGUCCAUGAGGGACCUACCGUCCGGUUCUGGUGUCUCGAGGUCAACGCUGAGGGUACUCGACGUGCCUGCCAGAUUGAACGAAACCUUCGACGGCGUAAUCAAACAGGAUCGUAGCUCGCCGCUAGGCGCCGCCUCUUCGCCGUCGAUCGGAUCCAGACAACAGGUCCAUCAGCAACGCCAGGAUCUUUCAUCUCGAGAUCACGGCAUAAAUUCGUGCCAGGACGAAAGUAGCGCGACGCGAAAGAACGAGGACACGUCGAACGAGUGGAAAUCUUCAGGGCGACGCAGCGUGCACGAGAUGAUUAAGCGAUUUCAACAAGUACCUGGCAUGCAUAACGGUUGGAGGGGCCCGCGUUCCGGAAGCAGCGAACCCACCAGUCCAGAGCACAGUCAGUGUUCUCAAAAUCAAAGAGUCCAACCACAAGGUGGUGUAGGAAACAGCUGGCGUGGCGAAGGCAAUGACAGCGAGAGUAGCGAGGGAGACGAGGACGAGCAACCGGAAGCAUUAAGCGGCGGAAUUCCUGGAAAAGGAGUGAUAUCAGAGCACGUGCAUUACGACAGUAUCGCCAGAAUGCCAUAUAGGUCCCGUAAUGCGGUUUAUAGCCCAACACCGCCUUUGCAUGACGCACAUAAUGAUUCUGGAUAUAGCACUCGCAUGUACGGUUCUAGCAAAGGUGCUUCACCUUCGUUAUCAGGUCAAUUAGAGUGCGACGUAAUUCUUCCGACCUCACCAAACGCAUUCUCCAGUGGAGAACAACUGGCUGCACUGUUAGAACAACCGAGGAACCAUGAUCUUACGGUCUACGAACGCGGUGCCGAUAAUUGCGUUAUUAAUAUCGGAACAGCCAGUCUUGUUUAACAUGUAUCAUUUCGGUCAACGUAUUAUUUGGAAACGAAUUCUGUACUUCCAAAGACAUCGAUAUUUUGUAUAAGUUGAUGAUACCUACUCAGGUGUUAAUGUAAUUUUUUUUUUUUUUUUUUAUAAAGAUACGUGUAAAUUUAAAUUGGUUAUUUUGUUAAUAGAUUCUUUUGUACAAAAUGAUUCUUGUUUCAAAGAAUAGAAUAUUGUCGUUAUGUAAAUAAUUUAUAAACGUACUUUGAACGGUAACGUGUUGAAACUUACCGAAUCUCCGUCUAGAUUUAUUGUCGCAAAUCGAACGUAUUUAUUGUCGCGAAAAGUUUUAUCAAGUGCUGUUGAAAUUAUGAAAAGAUGAGAGAAAAUAAAGUAUUAAAGAAUUCUCUACAAACUGAGUAGAAUAAGCAUAGAUAAUUCUUUUUUAAUCAGUAUGUAACGUUCUGUUAAAAAUUAUUAAUAUCAUCCUCGUAGGAGGAAAGAUUACGUACCUAUAAACCGCCAUGUGUGUACCAUAAUAAUAGAUUGAACUAUAUCUAUUUAUUAUGUAAAUGCUUCUUUCUUCAUUCACAAUACUGUUAUAUCACUAGUAAAUACGUCGAUUUAAUUUUGUACGAUUGUAAUUAAAGACUACGUGUCUCGUUCAAAAACUGACUGUAUUAUGGAACAAUAAGCGUGAUUAAAUAACAAAUGAAAUCUCUGAA